AUGCUCGAGCUACCCUCUAGGGGAUAUCUCGAGCCCCAACCACUAGCCAAGACGCACGGAAUCCCGGUCGCUAUCCUCCAUCUCCGGUCGUACCAUAUCCGCCUGCUUGAUCUCUUUAUCCACUUUGCACUGCAUAGCGCUGUCUCCCUCGGUAUCCCAACUUCGAAAGCACAGCCGUUGAAGACCCAGCGCCGGCUGUGGACGGUGAUCAAAGGCCCGUUCGUGCACAAGAAGACUCAGGAAAACUUUGUUCGCCUUACGCAUAAACGCGCGAUAAGGCUGUAUGAUGCCAAUCCCGGUGUGCUGGAGAUGUACUUUGCCUACCUGCGCGCGCAUGCGUUGGCUGGUGUCGGUGUGCGCGCUAUUCGAUGGGACCGCGCACCGCUU